GCUCCUCACACAGCAUCACUACAGCAGAUUUCAACGCACAGGUGCUUCUCUCCGCUGCAGUUUAAAAACACAGUAUUUAUUUUAUUUGGUUGUAAAUUAAGAGCCCCGAUUAUAUCAACAGGAGAAGAAUUUAAAGACAAACACACCGGAGGGAUUAACGGGAUUUGUACUUGGAGAAUGUGUGGUGUGGACGUGGACUUGGAGGAUGGGGGUCCAGGGGAGGAGGAGAAAGAGGAGGAGUUCUGGAUCGGGGAGGGAGUGAAGAUGUUGCCCCCUCCCGUGGCCCACACCGAGGGGAGUGCAUGGGGAAGCCGCAGGGGCAGAUGUGGCUGCGUGGCCUGCGGGGCAGCUCUCGUCCUCUGGGACCUGUGUGUCGUCUUAGUCAGCGCUCUGCUCCUGGCUGUGGUCUUCUCUGUGGUGCUGCUGCCUGCAAUGCUGCUGCUGUACGCCGGUUUCCUCUGCCACUCCAGGGUCCUUGACGCCCCCUCUGCUAUAUGCCGUUACCUUGACGACAACAGCUGCUCCGCCCUCAUCAUCCUGGGUUUUGUGAUGAUGUCGCCGCUCGUGGUGGUUGCGGCGGCGGUCUUCUGCGGGCUGCUCCGAAGGUUUCGACUCUUGCUUCUCAUUCAGCCAAUCACACGCGCCUGGUACAGAGGGCGGCUGUUGGACUGGGCGGGCAGCAUCCACGCCUGGGUCUGAUCAAGAUGAAACGGGAGGCGCUGAGGGUCGGAUAUGCUAACGUCAGGGGGGAUCAGAAAGUUAGAUUAGUGUAAAAUCACCCAGAGAUAUACAGGGGGUAGAGAAAACAACAGAAGCACCUCACAAUGUAAUCAAUACAAUAGUGUGAGAGAUGUAGACACAACUGGACGCUACGGUUUUAAAGCCCACCAUGCAUCGUGAAAGUAAUGUACAACGACAGACACUAACCGAGCACUAUAUACCAUCAUAUUUAUGCACAUUUAUUUAUUUAGGAUAAGCCCCUCAUCUCGUUUUUGAGGGGUCUCUACACAAUCAACACAACAACAUUAAAGUGGCAACAGACAAAAACAACAAAUAAUUAAACAGUUAAACAUACCGACAAACAAAAACAGACUACACAAAAAUAGUGAAUAAAUAUAACCGUUAAAUAGCUCAGGACAGAUGUUCAUUAAUGUCACUUAAAACAUGUACAUGAACAAAAUAGGAGAUCAAAGCAUUCUUAAAUAUACUAAGUGAUGUCAAAGAUUGAAUGUUUGAAGAUAAAUAAAUAUAUAUUUAAUGCGAGCAGAGCAGAGCAGAGCAUCACAACACAAACUGCCACAAAGCACUUUGUAUUUAUGCUUUUGGGAAAACACGCUCAGUAUAAUAUAAGUGUUUAUCACAAAAAUGCAUGUCAGUAUUUAUUAUAGAUGGUCCACCCGCCGACGUUUUAAUUGCGCAAGAGCAAUGACAUAAAUAACUGUGCAGAGAAAAUGACCCGAGUACCUGACUCUCAAAGUGUUUUUUCAUUUUGUCGAUGAGCUCACUAUUAUAGUCCUCCAAAUGAACUCCCUGGAUAGUGAGUAGGAAGAAGUGAAUGAGUGCAGAUGCAGCCCAGGUAGUCAGCUCUGUAACAAUCAAGAUAUAAGUUGUUAGUUAGUGAGCUGCAGAGGUUCUGGUAGGUGGAUUUUGUUACCUGUGGAAAGAGACACGAGAGCUGUUUCCCCUUGUUCCAGUCUUUAUGCUAAGCUAAGCUAAUCACCUCCUGGAUACAUCUUUAUAUUCAACGGACAGAUAUAAGAGUUGUGGCUCUUCUCAUCGAACUCUCAGAAAGAAAGAUAAUCAGUGUAUUUAAAAAAAUAAAUAAAAUGGCCAAGUUUUGCAGUGUUGUUGUACUGAAUUACGUAUUGAAAGGUGUUUCUGUUAUUUUGUCUACCCAUUCUACAUUUUAGGUCAUUUUGUGAAAAUACUUCAGUUCAUUGUAGCAAUUUCCAUCUCAGUGUUAUUUGUCUUUGUUUUAGAAACUGAAUAUUUUUUCAGUGAUUCGUGAAGUGAUGUCUUUGUACUUUGACUUCACACACAAAGAUCAUUCAACAUAUUCUACACUCAUUUGUUCCUAUAGGAACAAAAUGCAUCUUGAGACAGUCAAAUCUUUUUUGUGAAAUGAAAGAUGAAUGUAGGAUUUUCAUAUCAAUAUUGCAAUACCACAGCGACUUCAACAAAAAAAGACUCAGAGGAAUUGUCAUUUUCUCACAAACUGGUUUAUCAUGGUAGUAUUCAAUUAGGUUUUGUGUAUAAAAAAAGUAUUUUUGUGAUUUUGUAUUGCCUGUUUGCUAACUAUGUUGACAGGUCACAUGUGGGUCCUUCUCAGAAAUAUAUUGUUGUAAAGUUAUUGGUGGUUGUACAUUAGAAGUCUAGCAAAAAGUCAAAACAUAAUUGCAAGAAUUAGAUUUGUUGUUUUGAACUUUUAGUAUGUUGGGCUCAAUUCCCCGGGGCCUUCAAACACCCAGAGAAAUAGGGUGAAUAUUGUAACACGUACGAUAAAACGCAGCGUACAAGGACUUCUAAUAUUGUCGGUGAAUUAAAAGGACAUUUAUGCUUAUUGAUCUGAUGUAGCAACAUUAGCAGUCAUGUCUUGUGGGAGGGAGGGAAAUCUAUGAAACAUAUUUGAUUUAAGUGGUUCUCAUAGAUCAAACUGUGCCAUAAUAAAUCACACUCUCCAUUAUAAAAACAACAGAAGCUGACAGUAGCACAAAGUAAUUGCUGUUCAGUGGAGGCCAGGUGUUAAAGUGAGGUUUGAAUCAUAGACAACGAGCUCAUUCUGCUGCCUCUUUGUUGUCUGGUCUUUUAAAUUCAUCAGUGACACACAUGCCACACAUCCUUUUUAUCUGUGUGUCCAUGCUCCCUAAUCAAGUAUUCAGAUUUGAAGUUUCAUUUCUCAAAAGAAAGCCUUGAAUCAUAUUUCAUCAGGAUCCAUUGAAUGCAAAUUGUUUCUUCAUAGGAAUGAAGCCCGAUGAGUUCCAGUAUUUUAAGAGAACUAGGAAAGAAAAUGGUCUUUUUAUUUUUGCAGAGAUCUAUGCUGGUGAAUGUCACACCUCAAUACCGUUUUGGAAAGAUACAGCAUUUAUUUAUUGAUCAGCUUUUCAUUUCAGUGUAUUUGAACAAAACAGCAACACAUUGUCCUGUUCAUGCCUUACAACAAUAAAAACGUUUUUUUUAAAGAGUC